AUGUUUCCCCUUACUGCUGGGGACCGACGCCCUCAUGUACCGCUGACUGUAUGGUGGGGGCGGGGAGCCAACUGCACCAAGGUUUUGGCUUUAGUGGACACUGGAGCUGAAGUGACUGUACUACAGGGUAACCCCUCAAAGUUUGCAGGUCCCAUUGUGAAAAUAGAAGGUUUGGGAGGAAGGAUAACCAAGGCAGUGCAGGUUAAUGUAACUCUAUCUAUUAAUAAAGGCCCAAAGUUUGUGACUAACGCACUGAUUUCAGAAUUACCUGACAAUAUCUUGGGGAUAGAUGUAUUGCUAGGGCAAAGAAUAGAGACUCAGUGGGGGGUGUUCACCUUUGGAUUUCCACACAAGCCUUCCUAUAUCAGAGCUAUCAAGGAAGUUGUGAGGGGAAAUGCCAACUGGACACCUGUGGUAAUUCCUCCUCCUAGUAGUCCGGUAAGACUGAAGCAGUACCGGCUACCAGGAGGACUGAAAGAGAUCAGCGAGACAAUUUCUCAGCUAUUGACAUCAGGUGUAGUUCGUCCUGCAGUUAGCCCGUUUAACGCUCCUGUGUUUCCUGUCAAGAAGCCGGAUGGCUCUUGGCGCAUGACGAUAGUUUAUAGGGGACUCAAUAAAGUGGCACCACCAUUAAGCGCUGCAGUUCCCAAUAUCGUCUGUGUCAUUGAGGACAUAGCCAAGCAGGCCAGUGAGUGGCAUGCAGUGAUCGAUUUAGCUAAUGCGUUCUUUUCUAUUCCCAUUGCACCCGAGUCACAAGAUCAGUUUGCUUUUACUUGGGAAGGACGCCAAUACACUUUCCAAGUUGUGCCCCAGGGAUACUUACACUCCCCUACAAUUUGUCAUGGAUUGGUUGCAAGGGAUUUAAGCCAGCUCAAACUAAAAACCCCUGUGUUCCACUACAUUGAUGAUAUCAUGAUCACUGGUACCAAAGAAGAAGUGGAACAGACUUUGCCUUUGUUAAUUGACCAUAUGACUAAGAGAGGCUGGGCUUUCAAUCCAGACAAAGUACAGGGUCCGGCCCAGGAAGUAAAGUUUCUAGGAAUGAUCUGGGACGGCCCUGUAAGAAAGAUACCCCAACCUGUGCUGGAUACUUUACAGAACACUCCACCCCCAAAGACUGUUAAAGAAGCGCAAAGAUUUCUGGGUGCUCUUGGCUAUUGGAGGUCAUUUAUACCUCACCUUGGACUAUUGUUAAGGCCAAUUUACAAUGUCACACGUAAGAAAUCGACUUUUGUAUGGGGAACAGACCAAGUUACUGCAUUCAACGCAGCCAAAGAAGCUGUUCUUCAACACCAGGGUUUAGGACCCAUCAAAGCUGGAAUCCCUUUCCAACUGGAUGUGAUGGUGACAGAAAAUGUAAUGUCUUGGGGAUUAUGGCAGCCACAUGAAGUCAAAGGCCAGAGGGCAAUACCAAUUGGGUUCUGGUCCAAGCAACUAACUGGGGCCCAACAACGGUACUCUCCUUUGGAAAAGAACCUGUUAGCUGCAUACACAGCACUGCUGCAUGUGGAAACCAUAACACUACAAGCACCAAUGUCAGUCCGAACGGACCUACCCAUUGCUGGGUGGGUUCGGGAUGACUGUUUACCCCUGAAAGCUGAAGUUGCCCAAAGCCAGACAUUGUUGAAGUGGAAGUGGUACCUGCAGGAGAGAGGAGGGAUACAGGCUGGAGAAAUUAAAGAACUCUCUAAACUCUUAAAUGGCUUAGUGACAUACAAGUCCUUGUCACAUCCAAACACCUGUGAAAUACCAGUACUGCAACCUUCCCCUAUCAAGUCAGCUCCGCCCUAUGACAACUUGACAACAGAACAGAAGCAUGAUGCCUGGUUCACUGAUGGGUCAGCGGUGUUGACCCAUAAAGGAAGAAGGUGGACAGCAGUAGCCUACAGCCCUCAACAGGGGAAGAUUGUGCAAGAGCAAGGCAGGGGUGGAUCAAGUCAGUAUGCUGAGCUAGUGGCAAUAGCAUCCCUGCUGGAAGAGACUGACUCACAAGAAAUACAGAUCUAUACUGAUAGCUGGGCUGUUUACAAAGCGUGUACAACCUGGAUGCCCACCUGGAGAACCAAUGGAUGGCUAAUUCAUGGAAGACCAGUGUGGGGAGGUGCAGAAUUAUGGGAGAAGAUCUGGGUGGCUGCCCAGACCCGACUGAUCCAAAUUGGACAUGUUGAUGCCCACGUAGCUACUAACUUGGAUGAAGAGAACCACAAUGCUGUAGCAGAUGAGCUGACAAGGAUCCGAAAUGUGAAAGCUAGUGACCCUGUAGAUCCGGUGCUGUUGAAGAUGGCAACCUGGGCCCAUGAAACUGGAGGGCACAGAGGAAACAAGGCCACAUUGGAGUGGGCACGAUCAAGAGGGAUGCCAAUCACCUUGGGACUAGUAACCACUGCUCAACAAGUGUGUGAAGUCUGCAACGAAGUGAAGAAGUGGCCACUCACCACACAGACUCGAGGGUAUCUAAAGAAAGGCACAUCAGCAGGCCAGAUAUGGCAACUCGACUACAUUGGCCCGCUACCCAAAGGAAGAGGAGGACUCCUUUAUUGUUGUGCUGCCGUCGACACUUACACAGGAUUGCUACAGGUGCUACCUUGUAGAAGUGCCAAUCAAGCCGCUACAUUGAAGAUCCUACAGAUAAUCGUGAUGGCUUAUGGGAUGCCAUCUGAAAUUCAAACAGAUAAUGGCACCCACUUCACAGGACAGCUGGUACAACAAUGGGCACAGGACUCAGGGAUUAAAUGGAUAUUCCAUAUCCCCUAUCAUCCCCAAGCUGCGGGGUUGAUAGAGCGGUGCAAUGGGCUUCUAAAAGAACAAAUUAGGAAGCUAUCCCCCAGUAAAACGCUAAUGGGCUGGGAUCGGGUAAUUACCCAAGCGGUAAUGAUAUUGAACAAUCGACCAAUCGGACAGUUCUCCCCUUAUGACAGGUUGACCAGACAAAAUGAUACUCCGACUGUAAACAUGAGACUAACAUUCACAGGUGACAUUCCUACAUUGGUAGGAAAGAAUAGGUUUAGAGUAAAAGUCCUCUCCUCUGUUAAAAUAACAGUAGAAGGGGAAUGGCAAACUGUGACUCUAUCCAUUGGAGGCACCAUGCCUAUAGGGACAGAAGUCACAUUAAUUCUCCAUGAAAGGUUGGGGAAAGAUGGGUGGACAACCCCAGGUGUGGUGAAUACAUGUGGAAGUAUGUGGAGUGUACCUAUGUGUGGAGGUGGUGAGUUGUGUGUAGGAACGGUGUUGGGGGAGAUAGCCAUUUGGGUACCUCAAACAGUGUUAGUAACAUGGGACAAGACUGAGCUGAUUCAGGUAGGGUCCAAAGUUUGGGUGCUACUUAGAACUAGCGAGCAACAAAGGCAAAAGGGAGAAAUAAUUUCAGAUGGACCUGGUAAUACUAAGGUUGUGUUAUUAUGUGGUGAUAUUAAACCUGUUUUCUUUCCUUCCAGCAGGCUGGUGGCAAUUUAAAACAAUUGAGCCCAUGGUCCUCUAACAUCUUUAUGCAGAUCAGAGCUGUAACCUUUCUAAAUCAGUAUCCAUCAAGAAAGGAGUCUGGCCUUGGUUGGCAACGAGUGCUGCAGCUAUCCUGUUAA